AUGAAUUGGAACUGUAUCACUCGGUUGCUUCGCUACUUAAGAUACACUCAGGAAUACGUGUUGCAUUAUAACAGAUAUCCAGUAGUUAUAGAAGGACAUUGCGAUGCAAAUUGGAUAUCUGACAAGAAUGAUUCCAGAGCAACAAGUGGGUAUGUAUUCUCACUUGGAGGUGCUACUAUAUCGUGGAAAUCGUCAAAACAAACGGUUAUCGCUAGAUCCACAAUGGAAUCAGAGUUCAUCGCUUUAGAUAAAGCAGGUGAAGAGGCAGAAUGGCUACGAAUGGCAUCCCAGCCCAUGUCUACUUCUGUUUCUGCAGUCAUGACUGCUGUCAUGACUUCCGCUGUUGCUGUUACAACCGGCCUGGUUGCACCACUACCUAACGCAAUCUCACUUGCUGAGAAACCUGAGAAAUUCAACGGUGUGAAUUUCAAACAGUGGCAGCAAAAGAUGUUCUUUUAUCUGACCACUCUAAACCUAGCACGGUUCUUGACUGAAACCGUUCCCCAUGUGGAUGAAGGGGAUGUGGAUGCUCAAUCACUGAGCGCGGUUCAUGCUUGGAAUCAUUCGGAUUUCUUAUGCCGCAACUAUAUCUUGAAUGGUCUAGUUGAUACGCUUUACAAUGUGUAUUGUAAAGCCAAGACUGCCGAAGAGUUAUGGGAGUCUUUGGACCGCAAAUACAAAACAGAAGAUGCGGGCACCAUGAAAUUCGUGGUGGCUAAGUUUUCGGACUUUAAAAUGAUAGAUGCUAAAACUGUCAUGAGCCAAGUCCAAGAAUUGCAACUUAUUCUUCAUGAUAUACAUGCGGAAGGAAUGAUCCUCAGCGAGACAUUCCAAGUUGCUGCAAUGAUUGAAAAGCUGCCACCAAGUUGUGUUGAUUUCAAGAACCAUCUCAAGCAUAAGCGAAAGGAGAUGACCAUUGAAGAUCUCGUUGUUCGUCUUCGUAUUGAAGAAGAUAACAAGUUGGCUUUGAAACGGAUUGAUGGUCCUGAAACAGUAAAGGCCAAUCUUGUUGAACAUGGCUAA